UGCUGUACCUCUGUAGGCAGAAGAGAUGGGAGGGUCAGCAUCAUUCACAUCGAGCGAGAGAGAGAGAUGGGGGAGUGUCAUCACUCAGUGUUUGGUUUAUUCGUCGCGGUAGAGCUCCUCUACGAAUCUUGGAAAUUAUGUUUUGAAAAUAGUAAUACAUACAGAGAACGUAUACCGGAGAAAACUGUCCCGACACUGAUUCCUCUGUCGACUUAAGAAUCCUGUUUGACUGACACCUGAUCACUGGAAGACUGAUUUUACAUCAAAUGAUGGUGAUAUGACACACCAUAAAUAAUAAAUGACAUUGCUUGGUAACAAACAUCCACUUUUCAUUUGCUAUUCGGGAGGUAUUGUAAUGGACCUCCAAUCCAAGGCUGUGUAGGUGUGGAUUUGUUUUUGGCGUCAUGGGUUGUGGAGGCUCCAGGACAGAUGUGUUGGAGCCGAGAUAUAUGGAGAGCUGGACCAAAGAGACAGAGUCCACUUGGCUGACGAGCACGGACACAGACAUACCCCUGUCCUCCAUCCAGAGCAUCCCCUCAGAAAACUCUUCAGAGGUGGGCUUCCCCUCAGAGAAAACCGCCAACCUUGAUCUCUUUGAUGAUGGUCUGCCGACUCCAGCUCAGGCAUAUCUGAAAGUGUGUUCUGCCAUGUCUGAGGUGGGUCUGAAUGACAUGAAAACUGCCAGCACCCCUGCAAUCCUCUCUUCUCAAGAGCAGGAAGUGUUGUCGUCUUCUGGUACCACAGUGCAGAGGAGAAGCGUGUUACGAACUGAGGAAAUAACCAAAUGGCAGGACAACCGGAUGUCCACCAAGCAAGUGACUAUCACUGUGACUCAAAGUAUCCGGCAGGUGGACAAGAGCGGGAAGAUCAAGGAAACUUCACAAACCACCUACGAGGUCAUGAAACCGGUGGAUGGGCUGGUGGAUGCAGCAAUUGACUCAUAAAACUUCAAAAACACUGUAUCUUGGAUUUCUUGAAAGCUUUGGUGAAGAAGUCAUGGACCAAAGAAAUAAAAAGCAGGGAUGACCUACAUGAAGAUGUUCAUCAGUGCUGUGAUUAACGGGUUUCAAGGGUCAGUUCAUUGUUAGUUUCAUUGUUCAGUUACACUUGACUGAUUUAUGUCUAUUUUUAUGUGCAUUCUCUGUUAUGUCCUUGUCAAAAUGUUUGUAUUUCUGAUGCUAACAAAAAGAAUCUUAGUAAAAGCAUCUACUGUACAUACAGUGAAAGCACAGUAAGGGCAAUCAACAGGCGGAUGCUUGACGUCCAGCUGAUUUUGUGAGAGGUGUAACGAUUAUAUUUAAACAGGUUAAAAACAUACCAACAACACAUGUUUUUUCCAGAAAAAAAUGGUGUCUUGAAGUUGAUGUACUGCUUUAGUUCUGAAAAUCAGGGCUCUUACUACCAUACUAUUGUUGCCUUCAGCUUUUUGGGUUACAAGUGCAAAUAUUUGUUCAAAACCUAAUUACAGUUUCUGUAGCAAGCUAGCACUACUGCGAAAGGUAGUGUGCAAGAAUAUAAAGCAGCUCUGUUUUGUUAUUCCAAUAUUGUUUGAGAUCACUGCUUUACUGACUGGAAAAAGAUGUUUAUUGCGGAGUUAUUAAAUAUUUAUUGUGGUAAUUUGGAAGCACAUGAUAACUAUUACUGUAUCCAAAUCUUUCUCUUGUUUCAGUCUCUGAAUUAUGGUUUUACAGUAAGGUUCUCUCUAGAAACACGGUCGUUCAAAAGUUUGGGAUCAGUACGAUUUUUUAUGCUUUUUAAAGAAGUCUUUUAUGCUCAUCAAGGCUGUGUUUAUUU